UCUGUAGUUCCUCAACACUACCAAACAGUGAACAGUGCCACUAAAGACUGGUAUUAUAUUAGGCGAUCACUCUUGUAUCACAUGUACAAAACUUUCCGAUAUUGUUGUUUGCAUUAGACUGAGCACAGGCUUCGAGAAAAAUGGGCUGAGCUUUGAAUAUAUCUAUCGCUCUCUCUAUAUAUAACAAGAGGUGAGACAAGACUUUAUAAUAUCAAAUCAAAAUUCAAAGAAAAAUACUUUUCUCAACAAUUGCGACAAAAGAGUUAAAUUGAAAAUUAAUUUUAAUAUUAUUGUUAAAUAAAUAAUAAAUAGAAAGUUUUUAAUCCAAUAAUUGAAUUGAAUUGAAAUGCCGGGAAUAAUGCCGGGAUUUGAUAGCAAACGUUUCGUUAAUAUAACUGAUGUCCAAAAAGAUGACUUCAUGUGCGGUGUAUGUCUGGGAAUACUUAACAAUCCAUUUGCAGCCAAAUGUUGUAAACAACUUUACUGUUACGACUGUAUCCGCGAAUGGUUGUCCUGUAGUACUACCUGUCCCUACGACCGAAGUCUAAUGCAUAUAUCGGAUCUGAAAAGGUCGGACACUGUGGCCGAUCAGAUGCAGGAUCUCGUCAUUCAUUGCGAGUACGAGCCAUACGGUUGCGAUCAUACGAUGCCACUGAAAGACUUGUCCCAACACAUGAAUAACUGUAUCUAUGAUCCGGAAAGAAAGUGCGGUACUUGUGGUCUAACAAUGGGUGAUAUCAAUAAACACAACUGUAUUGAGCUAUUGAUCACCGAAAAGGAAAGGUAUCGCAGAGAAAAUCUCAAAUUACAGUCCAAACUGCAGACAUAUAAAGAGCAGAUGUUUGAAGACGAAAGGCACUGCUGGGAUGACCCUCUCUGGUGUAUGUAAUUUGGUGUUUGACAUAAAAAUUUUAUGUAUAUUUCAUAUACACUAAAAUAAUCUCAUCAUAACUAAAGUCAACAUUUAUUGAAACUAUUGCCGACCAAAAUAAGUCUAUUUUAUAUUUAUUUAUAAUUUUUUUUAUUAAAAAAAACUAAUGAUCUAUUGAUUCAUUGAUAAUUGCAAUGAAAAGUUUAAUAUGCUUUCAAUAAGUAAAUAUUAUACAUGAAAGUGAAUGACUUGUUUUUAUAUAUGUAUACAAAAAAAACUGCGAUAACUAAUGUAUUUAAUUUAAUGUAUUUAUUUUAUAUAUACUUAUUGU